AUGGCGUCUCUGCUUCUUCCUUUACGUGCCAAUGCCAACUACAAACUCUUCCUUAUUGAGUUCCUUGCUGUGUUCCUAUGGGUCACGUCAACACUCUUUGCAUAUUUCCUAACGGCCACACCACUCUUACAUUCUUUAUCUCCCUCAAUUCGAUCACUCCAUCCCGCUUAUGUAUUCUAUUCCCUCCUCGUCGCCCUCAUGGCCAUCUGGGAAAUUUUUGGCCUCGCUCUCGGGUCCACCUUUAACCCUUGCGUGACAAUUUCUCUUACCCUCGCCGGUGAGACGGCACCAAUUCAUGCCAUCGUUGUGAUAUUUGCUCAGUUCCUGGCACAUAUCGCAGCCGCGUUUGUCGUUCGUAUCUGUGCGAAUAUACUUCAUAAAGAUAUAGAUGGCAUCUUUCAUCCCCCGCAACCACACAAGCAUAUCUCCUAUUCAAAGGCAGUCGUCAUUGAGGCUCUCAUCACCGCCUUGCUCUGUGUCGUCGCGCUCUCCCUCAAACAUAUAUUUCAUGAAAAGGCAACUUUUAAGAAGUGGUCCCUCAUGACCAUGCUCGUUGUCGCCGUUCUUGAUGUGGCAGGUGAAUGGACAGGUGGUUGUAUGAACCCUGCCAUGUCAUUUGCCCUUGCCGUACUUGAAGGCCAUUGGGCCGCACAUUCUGUGUACUGGGUCGGACCGAUGGUUGGUGCAGUGGUUGCAGCUUGCAUGUACAACAACAUUUUGAGAACAAGAAGGCGAGGCAUCCGAGAGCGAAUGAGGGCGCGCAAGGACAGAGCUGCGACGAAGAAGAUUUGA